AUGAAGGAAUAUGUUAAAGAUGUUGAUCUAUGGGUAUUUUUUGCAACUAAAAUUGCUAAUGUUGAAAGUUUUAAGCUUAAAUUUAAUUGUUAUAGUGAAUCUAGUUAUGAGUUUCCUCAAUUUGCAUAUAAGAAUACGUUAUUGAAGAAUUUGGUUUUCUGGUACUGUCAACUGAAACCUUGUGGUAAUGUUAAUUGGACUAGUCAAGUUUCUCUUAAAAUUGGGCGUGUGGAAUUGACAGAUGGUGCCAUGGAAAAGGUAUUAUCUGGUUGCCCUAACUUGGAUUGCUUGAAAUUAGAUGUCUUUUCGGGCAUUCAUCGUUUGGAAAUUAGUAGUGCCAAGCUGAGAAAAUUGAUCAUUAAAGACUACUACCACUGGUGUGAUGACCUUUGGCUUGAAAUAUUAGCCCCCUUUAUUCAAACUUUGCAACUUUUGGGGCAUUGUAGUGACGUAUGCUUGCCACAUGGAAAUGUGCCUUCACUUGUCACUACAGUUCUUCAUUUAGGUUUUGGUUUCGAUUUCGACGAGGAAGAUGAUGAUGAAGGAGACCAAAACUUGGAAAAGCAGUAUAGCAAUAUGAAGCAAUGUCUUCACAGUGUUGCCCAUGUUGAGAAUCUUGAAUUGAGUCCCUGGUUCAUUGAGUGCCUGUCCAUCUUGGAGUUGAAAGGGUGGCAGUUUCCACCAUCAAGCCGGAAAUUCUUAGAACUUAGUGUAGCCUUUAAACAGCUGGACUUCCCUGGAAUUUGUAGCUUUCUACAGAGCUCAUUGGAUCUUGAGACAUUGGUCAUUGAGUGGUACGAUAACAGACCAAGAGACCUGUUGUCAAGGUACACAAAUGAGGAUGAACAGACCAGGAGGUUUGAGACACAUAAUUUUAACUGCUCAUUUCCAUAUCUGAAGACAAUUAAGAUCAUUAACUUUUAUGGAUCUGUGCUGCCAUUGGUGAAAUAUUUGCUCAAGCAUGCAACUGUGCUAGAACAGUUUGUCAUUGUUGCCGCAUUCAAUGAGAGUGAUGUGUCUUCGGAUUAUGAGAGUGAUGGGUCUCUGGAUUAUGAGCGUUAUGUGUCUCCGGAUUAUGUUGAAAUGGCACUGGAGCUGCUAAGUUUUCCAAGAUCCUCUCCGCACGCUUCAGUUAUCUUUUCCUAUUGAUAACCUUUCGCCCCUAUUGUUUGUAUUAAUCGUGACAUGCUUAACGUCUAUUACUUUAUGUCUGAAACUGGUUUGAGCUGAUAGACAAGGCUUGGAUUAUACUUGUCAGUAUCCAAGGAGUUAUUAGUAAUUCCUCAUGUCUAAGUACAAUGUCUUCAUUCUCUAAUCAUCAUGUAAGAAAAACUUGUUCUAAAUGUUUUGUGAUUUCAGUUCAUAUUGCUGAAUCCUGAUCAUGCUUUUGUACUAUGAAAAUUUAAGUUUGAAAA